UAGGUGGCAGUAGAAUUAGAGGGAAUAAUUAGGACGGUGACUAAACCUGACAUUUUGUGAAGAGUGGAGAAGAGCAGCAACAGACAAUUCCGUCUAAUUCUUUUAUUACACACGGUUUUGAGACUGUGUUUGGGAAAAGAGAGUUGAGGUUUAUGUAGAAUACUUUCUCCUUUUUGUAAAAUAAGCACAUUGUUAAACAUAUGUAAAAUAUUAAAAACUACUUAGAAUAGAUUUUUAAAAUUCACACCCUCCUCCACUUACACCCCCCACCCCCCACAGUGUGCCUUUUCCAGUGCGUAAUUAGGGCAGGCAGGGACAUAUUUUAAUUCUUUCUCGAUCCUCGAGCCCCUAAUCAGAACUGGGCUGCCCCCUUGCGGUCUCUCCGGGUGUCUCCGCUUCAAUCAGCAAACAGUCCCAGAGCCCCUGUCCCCUUCUCCGCACUGUACUUUCAGGGCUACGGGGGGCAGCGAACAGCCCGUUCCGGACUCCGUGAAUUCCAGACUUCCCACCCUCCCUCCUUCCAAGCCUUUCGACUCUCCUCCAGGGAACAAAUAAAGGCGAUGAAGGUCCCGAUCUCUGGGUACUCCGGGAGCUGCUCUCCAGCCCCUGCUUCGGAACGUAUGGAUUCUCCGUCUAGCGUUUCUUCCUGUUCUUCCUAUUCUCUAUCUUCCUCUUUUUCCACCUCCCCAGUGAACAGUGACUUUGGUCUCCCCUCCGAUAGUGAGGAGGAGGACAAGGGGGCCCGUGGCCCCAGGCCAGACACUGUUGGGCAGAGGGGAGGCUCUCGGCCCCGACCUGGUCCUAUCCGCUGCAGGCACCGGCCCAAGGUUUCUGGCAACCAACGUACAACAUCUCGCCAGGAACAGCGGGGCUCGGCCUCUCCUAUGGCAGGAUCUGGGGUCAAAAGAUCAAGAGAUGGCGAAUUACAGACGACUGUAAACAUCCAGGGUUGUGUCACAGAAGGAGACCUGCUUUUUGCGCAGAAGUGUGAAGAGCUCCAAGGUUUCAUCCGCCCUCUCACAGACCUCCUGAAUGGGCUGAAGAUGGGUCGAUUUGAGAGAGGACUGAGCAGUUUCCAGCAGAGUGUGGCAAUGGACAGGAUCCAGCGUAUUGUGGGCGUUUUGCAGAAGCCACAGAUGGGGGAGCGUUACCUAGGAACCUUGCUCCAGGUGGAAGGGAUGUUGAGGACUUGGUUUCCUCACAUAACGGCUCAGAGGUCAUCACUCAGAGGUAGUGGCCGACAUGCGCGGACCAGGCAUUUUCCAAGCCACCACAAUUAUCCCGCUCCUUCCUCUCCGGCACCUCCCACGGGAAAGAUGGACAAGACCCAGUUGGGCCAUCUAGUGUUGAAAUCAAAGCAGCCUUGGCACCUCCCGGCGUGGCCAGCCAUGCACCUCACUUGGACCCACACCACUCCGAUUUGCAACCCGCCCCUUGGCUCCCCAGGUAGCCUUUCCCUUAGCCACAGGCCUUUAGGCACCGGAGCCAGCAUCGGGGUCCUACUCGUUGGACACCUUGUCGUCACGCCAGCCACUCCAGUUCUGCCUACUACAGCGUCUCCUGUCGUCCCUGGUGAUCCCAAGAAACUCCCUGGAGAGGGACCUCAUUGCCACAGUUUGCCAGUAACUCUGCUGUCAGACCAGAGCCGUACCCCAUCCCAUCCUGGUCUCCCCGCCGUGGCCAGAGCCAUGACCGUGGGGCCUCUCGCACAGAUGAGAAGCCAUCCUUCAGGUGCUCCCGAUGGCCAUUCUCUCAGUCCCUAAUCCAGGACUUGAGACUGUGGUUUCUAAUUUGUGUAAAUAUAGGUCUCUCUCAUAUAUAUUUUUACUUCUAAUGUGUGCAUUUGUGUUGAGGGAAGAGAAAACCUUUUUGAUUAAAGACAUUUUAUACUUAAAA